UAUGCCGGUGAAGAAAGGAAAGGGGAAGAGCAAGGGGAAGAAGAAGAGUAAGCCGAACACACCUAAGAAGCACAUGGCAGGGGAAUUCCCUCUUACCGAGGAACAGAUCGCAGAACUGAAGAAAGUUUUCAAUCUCUUCACCAAAGGAAAGGGAGGUCACAUCAAGCUGGAUCAGCUGGGUCAGGUGAUGAGGGCGGCCGGCGGUGUGCCUAGCGAUCAGGAGAUCAACACUGUGGUAAACGAACUGACAAACAUGGACAAGACUUCAAUAUCAUUCCUUGAGUUUAGUGAGAUUAUAGCGGAGCACAGGAACAGGCAUGGUUUCUUGGAUCAAGAGCUCAAGGAAGCGUUCGAGAUAUUUGACGACGACGGUGACGGCUACAUAGAGUGUUCGGAGUUGAUAAGAGUACUGACUGCUAUAGGAGACACCCUCUCGGACAAGGAGGCUGACGAGCUGAUCAAGGAGGCUGAUCUUAAUGGAGACGGCAAGAUUAACUAUGUUGAGUUUGUGGGCAUGACUUGUAAACCUAAGUGAGAGCAGUUAGUUUAUAAUGAGAUGAGAGAUCAGUUGCUCAUCUGGGCAUGUGAAGAUUAUUGAGAAACCAGAACAGUUCUUGAUGCAUAUAUUAAUAUAUAUAGAAGAUUGAGAUGGUAGCUUUAAGCUUACAGAGGCUAGGGCGUGUGACUUGAACGCCAGCUGCUCAAUUAAGAGAUUCAUAUUCAGUAGGAGGAGACGUCAUGAGGAACGUUUAGUCUUUAGAUGAUAAAGAUAUGGAACUCAAACAGAGUUCAAUUGCAACGAUUUUAUACUGUAGCUAAUUUAGCUGAACAUUUGGUUCGGGAUGACUUUAAAUCAGGAAAAUUGUUGUUAAUGUGGUCGA